UGUGAUAUAGGAGAUCAGUUUUCUAAGUUAGAAAGGAUGAAAUUGUGAGCAGUGAGCUAAGAACUGCACUUGCCUGGCUUAUGCUUAGACUAAUGUGAGCAGUGAGCUGUAUGCAUUGCUUUGGGGAUCUCGGGGACCUAAAGGGUAAUGACAUCAAUGGCAAAGAUCUUUAUGUCCGCACUCAUGACUCUGAUCAAGGUGGUAAUGGUAAGUUGACACAUAAAAGCAGAAGUGUCAUUGCAAUUGCAGCAGCUGCCAUCUCUACUGGAUUGCUUCUUAUUUGCAGCUUUGGCUAUGCCUUGAGGAGAAGGAUAAGAAGCCAAGAGAGGGUAGAUCGAAGUGCGCAUGAGCUUGAUUCCAACUCUAAAGCAUUGGUUGAUGAUUCAAAUAAUGGAGAAUUGUUAGCUGCUACAGACAACUUUUCUGAAGCAAACAAACUUGGAGAGGGUGAGUAUAGCCCUGUUCAUAAGGGGUAUUUGCCUGAAGUGCAAGAAGUAGCCAUAAAAAAGCAAUCAAAAACAUCAUUACAAGGAACAGGAGAGUUUAUGAAUGAGUUGAAAUUAAUUACCAAACUCCAACAUAAAAAACUUGUCUGGCUUUUGGGUUGCUGUGUUGAACAAGAGGAAAAGAUACUGAUCUACGAGUAUAUGUGCAAUGGAAGCCUAGACAACUUGCUAUUUUGUACACAAAUUUACCUCUUUUCUGAAACUUCUGAUAAACAAUUCUGUUAGUUUUAUAGUCUCUGAUUUUCAAUUUCCCAUCACUGAUUUAGUAUUGGUGUCCAUUAGAUCCUUCUAAGCAAGCCAAUCUGGACUGGACUAAACGCUUCCAGAUCAUAGAAGGGAUUACUCAAGGUCUAAUCUACCUACACGAGUAUUCUAGAUUGAAAGUCAUUCACAGGGAUUUAAAAGCAAGCAAUAUUCUGUUGGAUGAAGCAAUGAAUCCCAAAAUUUUGGACUUUGGAACUGCAAGGAGUUUUGGAAUAAAUCAAAUUGAAGCAAAUAUCAGGACGGUGGUGGGCACAUGGUAAGUAUAGCAGAUAUUCCCAUUUGUAUGAAUUUUGAAUGAGAUUACCUUAUUUGUACUGAUGCUACCACUACUAUUUCAUCAACUUGGUUGAUAACAUUGUCAUUUGUGAUGCAUCGGCUACAUGUCACCAGAAUAUGCGUUGUACAGUAAAUUUUCUAAAAAAUCAGAUGCAUUUAGCAUUGGAGUGUUAAUUUUAGAGAUCGUGAGUGGCAAGAGAAACACUAGUUUUCAUCUCACCAAACUCUUGCUAACCUUUUUAGGAUGGGUAAGUAUCCUUUGUCUCUUUGGUUAUCCUCUUAGGUUGGUUGUUGGUUAGUUGGAUAUAUUUGUGUGUUCAAGAUUUUCCGGGUUAUCAACCAACAAUGUAUGAUGCAGUUCUCAUGUUGAGCAAUGAAAAUGCCUCGAUUCCAUCACCCAAAGAACUAGCCUUUUCAACUUGUAGGAGUUCUAACACUGUCAACUAUCCUUCUCAAACAUUCAGUAGCUAUUCCAACAAUGAGGUGACAAUUAGCAUGCUAGAGGCUUGAUAGAAGCUCUCAAUUUUUCUAUUUUCA